UAUAAAGUAAAUAUUGAACCAAAUAGUAAAUAUUGUUUAAAAUUCCUGAUUUACAUGAGGUCCUUAAGUUAAAUAAGCUUUUUGGAGUGAAAUUUUUAUUUCAAUGGUCAAAAAGAUAUUUACAGUUUAGUCAGUUAUGAAUUUAUAGAAAAAUUAUGGUUGCAUUUCCAUUAGUAAAAUUAGGAGCAUUGGCUCUCCGCCAGAUUAGUAAACCAUUGGCGAACAGAUUAAAAACCAAAGCAAAAAACAGUCAUUUUUUUAGGACCUAUAUAUGUAUGCCUCCAGCUCAGUUAUAUCACUGGGUUGAAGUAAAUGUGAAGAUGAGAAUGCUGAAUUUAGGAAAACCUACUGAAGUUCCAAAAUUGAAUGAAACAAUGGCAAUUGAAUUAGGGGCUGAUUUACUUGGGGAAGCAACUAUCUUUAUGGUUGCUGUAUUGACAUUAUCAGCAGAAUAUGUAAGAACUUCACGUAAUGAAAAAGCUAAGCUAGCUGCUACAGAGGAGCGAUUUCGAAAUAUUCAUGAUGAUAUAGAUGAAUUAAAAUUUAUUGUAGAAAAGCAAAAUGCAGAGCUUUUGCAUUUAACUAGAAUGUACAAUGCAAUGGAGGAAAAAGUGGAAACAAUGGAAGCUAAAAAGAAAAAGUAAUUACAUUGGAAAUAUUUUAUAAUGUAGGAUAAAUAUGAAUAGAACAUUUGCUACUCUGAGACUGUAAUCAUUCUCUUAGAUAUGCAAUUUGUUAAAAAAUAAUUUUUAUUUCUAUGGAUUGUUUCUAAAAUUCAAAGAUUUAUUACUUAUUUUUAUUGUGAUAAAAUAGUUCAAUUUCUGUGCAAAAUGUACAUCGAGAAUAAAUAAAAAAGUACACAUUAUAGACAGCU